CCCUCAAAACCCAUAUAUUGAGGUAAGGGUCAUGGACAGAUACUUAAACUUUAACAAAAAGGGCAAAAACAGUCUGCUAUCUGAUUUUUGAGUCUUCUGGCAGUAUAUGUUUGUAGUGCUAGUGAAAAUUGAUUUAUUGGUUCUUUAUAAUCAAGCUAAAGUGAUUAAUAGUUUUGAAAAAUGAGACUGUGAAUACAUGGCCUUAGCUUAAUGUAUCAAUAUCUAGUAUUGUUCUAUUGUUCCUCCAUCGGCCAGUGUUGUUUUGUAUCAAUAUCUAGCUUAAUGAAGGUCUUAUGGGGAUAAUUGUUUUGUUGUUUUGUUAAUUGUUGUUGUAAGUGUGUUGUUGCCGUUGAGUUAGAUUGAUUACUUUGAUAAUACCAUCAAUCAUCAUAAUUUUCUUUUUUCAGAUUGGUAUUAGUUAUGGAACCGGAGCGUGGAUUGUCUACCCAAAAAUCAUCUAAGGUAUAACUUUGCCCAAAAACCACUAUCGAAUUAAUAUACAUAUAAGUAUGCUUAACAUUUUUUUUUAUGGAAUUGAUGUAGAUGGCUAAUGAUACUAAAGGCAUUGUUAUUGGCGUUGUGGCUGCUAUUAUUGCUUGUUAUCUUGCUUUUCUUAACGAGCGUAGAUCUAAAACAAGAAGGCUAAGGAUAAUUAGGCAAACCUAUAUUAAUAGAGAUAGUCUAAGGCCGGAGAUUAUUAAUAGUGUUUUUUAUUGUGGUAAUACUCAUUGUUUGGGUCAGAUUCGUAUAAGGCCUCAAGCAUUUUUGAAUUUGUGUAAUAUUCUAGUUGAAAGAGGACUUUUGAAAGAAAAUAUUCGAAUAGGUGUUAAAGAACAAGUAAUGAUAUUUUUAUACAUUUUAGGGCAUAAUGUAAGAUUUAGGGUAGCAGGGGGAAGAUUUUUUCGAUCAAUUUGGACCAUACAUCAUUACUUUCAUGUUGUUCUUAAAGCCAUCCUUAAAUUGUACCCAGAUUUUGUCAAACCACAAGCCUCUCCUCUUCCAUCUGAAAUUCAAAACAACCCUAGGUUUUUUCCUUGGUUUGAGGAUUUCAUAGGAGCUAUAGAUGGGACACAUAUACGUGCAUCUGUCCCAAUUGAAAUGCAAGGUCGAUUUCGUGGUAGAAAGGGUGGGACAACCCAAAAUAUGCUAGGUGCUGUUGAUUUUGAUAUGAAAUUUACAUAUGUGCUGGCUGGUUGGGAGGGUUCUGCUCAUGACUCAAAGGUCUUACAAGAUGCGCUCAAAAGGGGAUUUAAGGUUCCUAAAGGAAAGUAUUACCUUGCUGAUGCGGGGUAUGGUGACCGUAAAGGAUUCAUGCCUCCAUAUAGGCGUACUCGCUACCACUUGAAAGAGUAUACCAACAAUCCACCCGAGAAUGAACGUGAAUUAUUUAAUCUUCGACACUCCUCACUAAGAAUGGUUGUGGAGAGGGCAUUUAGAGUAUUAAAGAAGAGAUUUCGUGUCUUGGAUGCUGAGCCAUUUUGGCCGUAUGAAACCCAAGUAGAUGUAGUUCUAGCAUGUUGUGUGUUACAUAACUACCUUAGAGGUGUUGACCCAAAUGACCCAAUUACAAGAGAAGUUGAAGUAGAGAUGACAUCACAAGAUUUACAACACAUGGGCGAAGCACGUACUCAAGGGAUACAACGACAAGAAAACCAACAAAUUGGAAGGAAGAGAAAUGCCAUUGCAACGGCGAUGUGGACUGUAUAAAAGAAGGCUCGAAUUUGAUGGGCUUAACAUAUGCAUCUUUAGAUAAUUAGUUCAUUAAUUAUGUAUUUUAUAUUCUAUAACACAUUUUUCUUAUGUUGUCUUUUCAUUCUCUCCUUUGUAGGAUCAAUCAUAUGCCAUGUUUGUUACAGAUUCUUCAUAUUUAAAGUUUAUAUGUUGUUCUGGUGGAAAUGUGGAAAUUGCUUGAUACCUAAUAUUAUAUCUAGAGUUUACUUUUUCAACAGGGCAGGUUUUCCAGAUGCGUUUUAUAGCAUGCACGAUUAUUAUUUUGUUUUUUUUUUUCCAGAUUCUAAUGCUAAAGUGAUUUUUCCAGGUUAAAAACGAAGAGAAAAAGGCCAACUUUCGCUGGUCAAAGGACAUGUCAAAGGAGUUACUCAACUUUUUAGCCGAAGAAGUUAAAAAGGGAAACCGGCCUAACAAUACUUUUCGAACAAGUUCUUUUGUGGCUGCUGCAAAGAUUAUCUCUGAGAAGUUUCAAACCAAUUGCACCUCAGAACAUGUGGAGAAUCAUAUGAAAACUGUGAGGAAUGCAUGGGUGGCUAUAUCAACAGUCCGAAACAACUCUGGGUUUGGAUGGAACGAUAACUUGAAGAUGGUGACAGCAUCUCCCACAGCAUAUGCUACUUAUGUUAAGGAAUAUCCAAAAUAUGAAAAGUUUUUGAAUAGAAAAAUUGAUAUGUAUGAGGAGAUGGCUAUAGUAGUGGGUAAAGAUUUAGCACGGGGGAACUUCUCCAAGACAUUUGUCGACAUCGAUGUUGAUGCUUCAAUGGAAAGUGGACAACCAAGUAUGACUAUUGAUAGUGUGCCUUCCAAGGCUGAGAGUAAGGCUGAUAGUGGUACCUCGUCGGGCUCAAGGCCACAUCGAAAGAGGUCUCGAACUGACGAAGGAUCGGAAAUGGAACACAUUUCAGCACAACUUCAAGAAGUGGUUAGUGCUCUCAAAAAAUUUUCAAACAAUCAACUUGAUGUAGAGAAGCUUUAUGACGAAAUUAUGAAGAUGGAGGACAUUGAAGAAGGGGUGCGUGUUGCUGUUUUUGAUCACUUGGUGGAGCGCGAAAUGCUUGUAAAAGCAUUUUUGACAAAAAGCUUGCCACUACGCAAACUUUGGAUCGAAAAGUUUGUCAAAAACUAUAAACAUUAAAGUUGUUUGCUGCUUCCACUCUAAUUUCUGGUAGGCUGCUGGAAGCUGCUUUUCCUGCCCCCUUGCUAUUGGCUGCUAUAUGCUGUUAUAUGGGUUGUGUUGCCGUGUCUGUUAAUGUCUAGUAUUCUUUUUAAUUUUAAGCCUGUCAACUGCAGCUUCUGAGAUAAUGCUCAAUGUUGAACCUUACUAGUGUACUUAUCUAUCUGGGUACCCCAUCUACCUAUGCAGUUAUUUGAAAUGUUUGUUGUUUAAUGCCAAGCUGCAUAUCUGAUGGGUAGCUUUUUGUCCAGUGUACAUACUUCCAUAGUUGAUCCUUUUGAGUACUUAUUAAUAACUUUUGAUCA